AUGCAUCAAUCUGAUCUUACUCCAAUAAAAUCCAAACGUAGUAAUGCAAUUGCUGAACGUGAUCACCAAGAAUUUGAAAAACAUGCUUAUAUUCGUCAGGAUGCAGUUGACUUCCUUUUAUCUUUAUCUGAAAGAUGUACAUCUUGGGUUAAAGAUCUUUGUAAUAAUGAUGACAUUUAUAAUGAUACUCCUACCCGAUUAAUUCAUAUGUCACCUAAUGAAGCUGUAAAGAGAGCAUUAAAAGGGGAAAAAAUAAUUGCUGAUCCUGCUGUUAAACAUCGAAGGUCUAUCGGGUUUGAUGAACCUCGGUUAACCUAUAAAGAUUCUGUUUUAUAUUUACUCGAACCUGGUGAAUUAAAAUUUGGUAAUAGACGUAUAACUGAUAUGAACUGGUCUCCCAAAGUUUAUCGUAUCAAAGAAUCCUUAAUACAAAAAAAUCAACCGUGA